UUAAUCACGAAUUAGAAUUGAACUUUGUCAGUUACUGUUGAGGCUAGGGGAGAGAGGAGAGAAUAGGAAGUUAAAAUUAUUUAACAUUUUUUUGGAGGGCGAACUUCAACUUUAAAAUAGUUACAGAGAGCCUAUCGGUGUAGAGGGGUGGUUGCUGUUGACAAAAUAGGUUUAAGCUUGAAUCGCUGGUUAAAGAGAAAGUUAAAAUGACUCGCGCUAAGAGGAUAUACGUAAAUGCUUCUUGGCACCAAGUAGACUGACUACAGAGACAAGUAUUGAAGGUCCAAUGCGCAAUGGAGACAAGCAUUUCCUUGUUUAAUGCUAUCCAAAAUACUUAUCUAAAUUGAGGAAACGAGAAAAGGCAACUAAGUCAGGCAACAUGUAUAACGGCACCAGCAUCAGAGAGCCGACAGACAACUCGGUGACACAUUUCCAACCCCUGCAAGACGGAGGCGCAUUGGAGUCUGGAUCUGAACAAACUAAUAAUGGGCAAGACUCCCAUGUCAAGCAAUCUGGACAGGCCAACGUCUUGGACCGCUUGUCUAGAGUUGGUGUGCGGGCAUUCCCUGCCAGUGUCACUACUUAUGCUUCGGCACGCAGAUCAAGACUGCAGAGACAGCCAGAGGUGUGUGACACCAACAGUAGCUCAUCCGAGAGAGGCUCGCUCACACCCGCCAUGCGUAAAAUAUACUUGAAGGACUUGUUUUUGAACUCGUCCGGUGGAUUUGCAAGUGUUCGAUCUUCGAAAGGUUCCGGUGCGUCUUCAAGGGAGAUUGGUGAGGAGGUGGUGGAAGGUUGGGCUCUGUGCCCCAUGGAGCAUGCAUGGAUGUUGUCUGUUGUAGAUGGAAACUAUGAAACCAUCAUGGACUUUCUUUCCGAAGAUUCUAGUCUACUAACCAGGAAAGAUUUUGUCAGUGGGUUUACAGUGCUACACUGGUUAGCCAAAAGUGGACAGGAUGAGACACUAAUACAAUUGCUAAGGCAUGCUGAAAAGGAGAGGAUUCCAGUCAACGUGAAUUUGAAGGGCAGUGGGGGGCUCACCCCACUCCACGUAGCAGCUAUGCACAGUCGAUACAUGGUCAUUAAAAUUCUAGUCGGUGCGUUCGGUGCCAAUAUCGAUGCCAUGGAUUACAAUGGAAGGAAAGCUUGGCAAUAUCUGAAGGGCAACGCUCCUGAGGAGAUGAAGGAGCUUCUUGGCACUUGGGAUGAUGAGCACCGUAGCUUGGGUCAGCAGAACACUAACAACAGUGCCACACUAGUGCCCAAGUCAGAAUUGAGUGAUGAGGAGAGAGACGAUCCAGUCUACUUUGAUCGGACUCGAAUGACUGGCAGCUGGCGCGGGUCAUUUAAAAAGUUGUUGGCUCCAUUCUUGUCAUUUGUGAACAAAAAUUAAAGGUCAGAUGGCCACAUGUUUUCCCACGCGAAAUCAAGCGUUUUCAUCACGACUCAUUGAGCAUCGUUUGUAAAGACUUUUACGCACCCAAAGGCUUGGCGAAAAAAAAAAAGAUUAUGGGUUGCAGUGGAAAAGUUUUACGUUCAUCUUCAGAAUGUUCUGUAUUCAACAAUAUUGACAUUAAAUACACUUCUAUUUGAAGGCA